GAUUCCGGAAGCGGAAGGGCGGAACUAUAGAAAACCGGAAGUUCCUGCAAUCCUAUCAGAAAGCUAGAGCUUUCUCCACUGCAUUGGGCUUUGGAGCCAAAGUGACCAUGGAAGCAGAAACCGCGGGGUUUGUGGACUGUCACUGUCACCUCUCCGCUGCCGACUUCAACUCGGACCUUGAAGAUGUUUUGGAAAGAGCCAAGAAGGCCAAUGUGUUGGCCAUUGUGGCAGUUGCUGAACAUUCAGGAGAGUUUGAAAAGAUCAUGCAACUUUCAGAAAGAUAUAAAGGGUUUGUUCUGCCAUGCCUAGGUGUUCACCCUGUUCAAGGACUUCUACCAGAAGAUCAACGAAGUGUAACUUUAAAGGAUUUGGAUGUAGCUUUGCCACUCCUGGAAAAUUAUAAAGAUCGCUUGUUGGCAAUUGGAGAGGUUGGAUUAGAUUUCUCCCCGAGAUUUACCAGGACUGACGAGCACAAGGAGGAGCAGAGACAAGUCCUUAUCAAACAGAUCCAAUUAGCUAAAAAACUAAAUUUGCCAUUGAAUGUUCACUCACGGUCUGCAGGCAGACCAACCAUUCAUCUCUUACGUGAGCAAGGUGCUGAAAAGGUGCUACUCCACGCAUUUGAUGGCCGCCCAUCUGUAGCCAUGGAAGGAGUAAAUGCAGGAUACUUUUUUUCAAUACCUCCUUCUUCUGCAAGGAGUGAACAGCAGAAACUUAUAAAGCAGCUUCCAUUAUCUUCUAUAUGCUUAGAAACAGAUUCACCUGCCCUAGGACCAACAAAACAGGACUGUUGGUUGUCAUAAUUCAUCAGGACAAUUUUGCUGUGUUGCAGGAGCGGAACGAACCUAGGAACAUUUCCAUUUCUGCAGAAUUCAUUGCCCAGGUGAAAGGGGUCUCAGUGGAGGAAGUUAAAGAAGUGACAACUCAGAAUGCUUUGAAACUGUUUCCGAAACUCCGAUAUCUGCUUCAAAAAUAAACAAUUUUCCAGUGUAACACCAGGUGGCAGCAUUGAAGGAGGAUGUGCUUUCUGACCAAAGAAAGAACACUUUCUGGAUAGGAGCCACCAGCAUAGAGCUAUGGAUUACUUUAAAUUGUUAUCAGAUCAAGUUUAUGGAAAGGAAAUUCAUCUGGCAGUUCUGGAACCAGGGUUUAGAUCUGCCACUGACUGGGUGUUGUUUAAAAGUCAAUCAGAUGCCAAGGGAGGAGGAUGGGAACAAAUGCUGCUGUUGUUGUUCCUGCUGCUGCCUCCACGAGUGCCUCAUGGAAGAGAAUAUCAUUUAUUCAGGGCAAGGGAAUAUAGACAUAGAUAAGAGGCAGGCACUAAUAUACUUUGUGUAGUGCUUGAGCCCAAAGGUCUACCUAAUAAAUGCCACAUGUUUUAGUCUGGAUGGUUACAUUUAUAUUUAUUUUAUGUAGCUUAAGGAAAGUUUGACUUUAAGUAUCAGUGCUUUUUGCUUGCUGUAGCACUAUUGCAUUUUCAUGUUUAUAAUGUAAAAUACACAUAUGUGAUGAAAAUAUACAAAUUUAUUGUUUUAAAAAUGAUGUUAUCACCAAAUCAUUAUUGUUAAAUUGCCAUAAAUUAAAGCUAAGGAGAAUAUGAGUCAGAAA